CUUCCUCGGUAAAAGCUAAAUCAAACGUUUCGUUUGCUUACAAUCUCUGUAGAGACUCUGACUGACGGAGAGUUUCCAGGAAGGUUAAGGCACCGUCAGAUGUGGAAAAGCUGACGUUUCCUGUCUCAGAGUGUGUAGUUGUCCUCCGCCUUGUUCCUGUGGAUUUGAAGGAGAAAUACAACGGCUUUGAUAAGAUGGCGGACUGUGUCACGAAGGUGGAGCUGAGCGUCUGCUGCGCUAACUUGCUGGAUAAAGAUGUCGGAUCCAAAUCUGAUCCUCUGUGUGUGCUGCUGCAGAACACAGGAGGAGACAGCUGGACUGAGCUGGGCAGAACUGAACGGUUGAAAAACACCUCCAGUCCGUCCUUCAGUGAACGCCUCAGAGUGGACUAUCACUUUGAGAAGGUUCAGAAUCUGAAGCUGGGUGUCUACGACAUUGACAACUCCAGCUCUAACCUUGCUGACGAUGACUACCUGGGAGGAAUCGAGAUAACUCUGGGACAGAUAGUUUCCAGCAAAACUGUGACCAGACCUCUGCAGCUGAAGAAAGGCAAACCUGCUGGGAAAGGAACCAUCACUGUCUCAGCGGAGGAGAUUAAAGACAAUAGAGCCAUUGAGUUGGAGCUGGAGGCUAAAAACCUUGACAAAAAGGAUACAUUUGGAAAGUCUGAUCCAUUCCUGGAGUUUUUCAGACAAGGAGAUGAUGGAAAGUGGCAGCUGGUUCACAGAACAGAGGUGGUGAAGAACAAUCUGAAUCCCACUUGGAAAAAGUUCUGCAUUCCUCUGCAGACGUUGUGCCGCAGUGACCUUGAUAGACCAGUGAAGGUGGAUUGCUCUGACUAUGAUAGUGAUGGGUCUCAUGAUCUGAUUGGUUCUUUCACCACUAAAGUCUCUGAGCUGCAGAAAGGUGGACAUGGUUCACUGGUGACCUUUGACUGCAUCCACCCCGACAAACAGAAGAAGAAGAAGAGCUACAAGAACUCUGGAGUCGUCUCUGUGAAGAACUGCAAGCUGCUGACUCAGUACACGUUCCUGGACUAUGUGAUGGGAGGCUGCCAGAUCAACUUCACUGUUGGGAUUGACUUCACUGGCUCUAAUGGUGAUCCUCGCUCGAAAAACUCUCUCCACUACAUGAGUCCAGAUGGGCUGAACCAGUACCUGAGUGCUCUGUGGUCUGUGGGUCAGGUGGUCCAGGACUAUGACACUGAUAAACUUUUCCCAGCCUUUGGUUUUGGAGCCAAACUUCCUCCAGAUUACCAGGCGGCACACCAUGAGUUUGCUCUCAACUUCAACCCAACUAACCCCUAUUGCCAAGGUAUUCAGGGGAUUGUUGAGGCUUACAGGAUGGUUUUACCCCAGCUCAGACUGUCUGGACCCACAAAUUUCUCCCCCAUUAUCAACCAUGUUGCCUCCAUUGCCAGCACUGCAGCGCAGGCCAACAGCGCCUCACAAUACUUUGUCCUCCUCAUCCUCACUGAUGGUGAGAUCACUGACCUUGACCAGACCCGAGAUGCCAUUGUGCGAGCUUCACGGCUGCCACUGUCACUCAUCAUUGUGGGGGUGGGGCCAGCGGACUUUAAGGCCAUGGAGCUUCUGGAUGGUGACGACGGUGUGCUGAGGUCGACAGUGGGCGAGGCAGUUGCCAGAGACAUUGUCCAGUUUGUCCCGUACAGACAGUUCAGUGAUGCUCCCCAGUCGGCUCUGGCUCAGUCUGUCCUCGCUGAGGUUCCCAACCAGCUGGUGUCAUAUUUCAAAAUGAGAGGCUUUGAACCACCUAAACCUAAAGAUGCCCCCAAAUCUUAAACUCACUCCCAUAAGACCCAAAACCUGACCCAGUGUAUCUCCUUACAUUGCUUUACAUUACAUUGCCAACUUCAUUCCAGGCUUAGACUUCCACAAAUCCUCUCCCCUGCUCACCUAAUGACAAAGUCAAGCAUUCUUCCGGGAUCAAGCUUGUAUUUUCUCAGCCAGUCACAACAUUCAGCUGUCAGACGAUCAGUUUACUGGGGCCAAAGUCCUCUAUUUUCUUAAAAUCAGCCUGAUAAUCACUUUAUUCUCUUCUCCUAUGAUAAUGUUAUAGUAUAGAUUAUAAAUUGAUUUCCUCUGCUUCUUGUACGCUAACUAUGCAACUCACGUGUUUACCAACACAAAACUAAUCAGAGAGCCGCACACAAGUUUCAUCUGUCACCCAUUUCAACGGUUGUUGCCAUAUUAGAAAUCCAGUGAUCUUCUGGGAGAUGUGGCCACUGAUGCCUCAAUAUAAACAUUUUUUUUCAUAACUUUUCAUCACCACGUUGAUGAUAUAUAUAUAUAUACACCACGUGUGCGGCUCAUAUUAGCUUUAUUAACCAGGUAUCGAUACUUUGCACUUUGCUGUCGCACUAAAUGCUGGAAAAAUACUUUAUGAAUAAUACUGUACACUCUGACAUACUUUAGCUUUACCACCUAUUGCCUUAUUAUAAACUUUAUCGUAGCCUUACUAUAGACUUUAAUGUAGCCUGCAUGUCGCUGCUCAGCUGCUUCAGUUUAAAAAAAAAAAAAUAUAUACAUAUAUAGGGAUUUCUGGUCAUUACAACAGCAAGACAGAAUUUAGGUAAGAGAUUAAUGUUUUAUUUAGUUUAGAUAACAAUAACCUUAUCGGUUUUUUUUUAUUAAAGCUAGAUCCUUUUGAUCUUCUCACAUGACCACUCACUUCAACACCACUUUCCUUGCUGUUGGUCUCUGGUCACCUUUUCAACCAGACCAUGUUACACGAUUCUGCGAUUCUGAGUAUUCUUUUCAACCACUGAAAACAUCAAACAGUGAAAAAGAUUCUGCUGAUUAAAGACAGUGAAAUGAUGCACAUAAUGGUAAAGUGGACCACAAGUUCCAAUUUUAUUUCCAAGUUUUUUUCAUAUAUUGUUUUGAUGCCAAAAAAAAACGAAACAGCAGAUUCCGUAUGUAGAAUUUCUUCCUGUCAGUAUGCCACAGUUUAGUUUUGUAUUGUUUUUUUUGUUUUUUCAUCAAAUGCAGAAACAUAUUUUACGUCAGUGUUCUGGUUUUACAUGUUUGAAAGUGUUUAAAGGAGCUUCACAUUCAGCCCAAUUCUGUGCAGCUUUCAAUUUCGCCAUGAAGAAAAAAAUCUUAUCUCAUCCAAAAAUCAUGAUCUAAUCUGAUUUUAGCCAAAGAUUCUGUGUCUAUGGUCGCGUGAUGCUGUGAGGUCAUUCAAUAAAGACAUUUUUAUUUGCCAAACUUUCACACAAAAAAAGGCAUGAUUGAAAUCUGCAAAUUGCAUUGGAUGAACUAUGCCAUUCACAGUGAUCUGAUUGACCCCUAAUAGCAUGUCUAUAUGACUACAGAUUGUUGCAUUACAACAAUAAAACAAUUUUGGGAUAUAA